ACGGGUUCGAUAGCUCCCUCGCCCACCCAGCAUUCAUACAAGGGAUCUGGCGUUCGGACCCGAGGCGCGAGUUGCGGGCGGUCUCCCUCUCUCACUCUCUCCCUCUCUUUUUCUCUCUCGCCGGCGGCGGCGUGGAGGGAAUGGCGUACCGGCGGAAGCAGGGGUUGUCCUCUAAAGCUUCUUCCACCAUCGAGGACUUCCGAUCCGCCACCGAUCCACCGUCGCUCGCCGCCCAGGCGAUCCGGGCCUCCGCCGCGCACCGCGACUCUUCCCUCUCCUCCGCCUAUGGCGAGUCCGCUGUCGCCUCCUCCGUCGCCCACCAGUUUUCCAAUCGCGAGAGGUCCUCCCCCUCGCCGAGGGAUUCUACUGCCUAUGAAUAUACAUCAAUGAAAAAUUUGAAUGAGUCCAAAUAUGGAUUCUGGGGAGGUUUAGCCAGAAAAGCUAAAGCAAUUCUUGAGGAUGAUGAUACAACAAAGCAAUUUGAAGCCCCUGGAAGAAACCAACAGCAAGCAGUCAACAUAUCGGCUGGCAGUCAGUUUUAUCAGUCAAAUCGGUCACCUCAUGGCUACCAGAAGACAGAAACACCUCCCUUUCAGAAAAGUUCAGAUACAAUAGCUUCUUCCAUUAACUACAUUGGUGGCACAAUUAAAAAUGCUUUCGAAGAGGGUCUGACAAUUGUAGAGAAUAAGACUGCUGAUAUAAUCCAUGAAACACGAAAGCUGCAUGUUAGGAGAAAAGGAAGUGGUCACAAUGCACAGAAUCAGGCUGCAGAGAAAUUGGCUCAGCACACAUUUCCUCGGAUACAAACUGAUUAUGAAACACAACUGAAGGCAUCUCGCGACGUUGCUAAUGCAAUGGCUGCAAAGGCCAAGCUUCUUCUGCGUGAACUGAAGACCAUCAAAGCAGACCUGGCUUUUGCAAAGGAACGGUGUGCUCAGCUGGAAGAAGAAAACAAGAUGCUGAGGGAGAGUCUCGAGAAGGGAUCUAAUCCUGAAGAUGAUGAUCUGAUACGCCUUCAGCUAGAGACAUUGUUAGCUGAAAAGGCAAGGCUGGCACAUGAGAACUCCGCAUAUGCAAGGGAAAAUAGAUUCCUGAGGGAGAUUGUGGAGUACCACCAACUCACCAUGCAGGAUGUUGUUUAUGUGGAUGAGGGCAUUGAAGCGGUCACGGAGGUGUACUCCAUCCAAAUCCCACCUGCAUCACCAGCUCCUGCAGUAUCUCAAGCAUCUUCCCCUCUCAACCCAACCACCCCGACUCCCAACCGUAUUCCCAGAAGUACUGCCACUACUCAGCCACGUCCUGCAGUCUCCCCCUCUAUUCUUGUACCAGAAUCUUGCCCAAUUAUCCCUACACCUCCCACACGCCCUUCACAAGUGGUACCUCCUAACACAAGGGCUAGCCCACCACCCAUAUAGUUUCAGCAUCUGAGAUUCUAGGCAGCAACAACUUGCUUCAGGACCUACCGCCUAAAAUCAGGGCUAGUCAAUUUUUGCUCUUGCUCUUCGGUUUGUGCUGGUUUGGUGACGUGUAAAAUUGCAUUCUUUCAUGUUUGUCUUUGUAUUUGUCAGACAGUUUAUUUGUUCUGUUUUAAAUCCUAUAGGACAGAGCUGUUCCGAUUUUUUCAUAGAAUUGGACGUGCUGCCAUCUCGAUACUUGGGACAGGAGAUGUCCUAAGAUGUCCCGAUUUGGAUGUUGGGAUGCUGACGGAAUGGUCUUGUCCCGACACAUGAAAUAGCAUCAUAUCCCGUUGUCCUGUAGGAUGUCCCACCGAGAUCUGAAUCUUUGAUUCUCAUUGUUAUUUAUCAGUAACUAUAGAUAAAUCAAUGCUUGGUAUGCUGAGCUUGUUUAACAUUUGCUUGUAAUCAGUUCAAUGGUGAUGGGCAGCCUUAUGCAACAGCAGAUUGUACUAGUUCUGAACGUUUGCUCAGUGUCAUGUAUGAGUGGAAAAUGAAUGGCAAGUGUCACAUGCAUAUCGUGAUUAGUCCAAUAGAUGUUAUUUUCCAAU